AUGGAGGUUGAAAACAUUAACGUGGAAGCCUUUGUGCCGGCCAAGAAGGCACAGAAGCGCAGUGCGGUCAACACCCAGGACACGGAGAUGCAGGUGGACCAAGCCACAGGCAUCGAGGGUCUUGUCGCUGGGUCGACCCAAGCAUCGGCCCCACCCCGCGCGAAGCGGAUCAAGAGCGAGCUGAGGAAGGUGUCGGUCCCACCGCACAGGUACUCCUCGCUCAAGGAGCACUGGAUGAAGAUCUUCACGCCCGUGGUGGAGCACAUGAAGCUGCAGAUACGCUUCAACAUGAAGGCUCGCCAGGUGGAGCUGCGCGUCGGCCCGGAGACGCCGGAUAUAGCUAAUCUGCAAAAGGGUGCCGAUUUCGUGAAGGCCUUCCUCUGUGGCUUCGAGGUGGACGACGCCCUGGCCCUUCUGCGUCUGGAGGAUCUCUUUGUCGAGACGUUCGAGAUCAAGGACGUAAAGACGCUGCGCGGUGACCACCAGUCGCGUGCCAUAGGCCGUCUGGCUGGCAAGGGUGGCCGCACAAAAUUCACCAUCGAGAACGUGACCAAGACCCGCAUUGUGCUCGCCGACAGCAAGAUUCACAUCUUGGGCAGCUACCAGAACAUCCAGCUGGCGCGACGUGCCAUCUGCAACCUGAUCCUUGGCUCGCCGCCCAGCAAGGUUUAUGGCAAUCUGCGCUCCGUGGCAUCGCGCCUCUCAGAGCGCAUGUAGGACAGUUGCCUCUCUGGCUGUGAUUAUGGAUUAAGUGCGUCUAGGUUUUCGGUGUUUUUUUUUUCAUCCGCAGGAGGAUCAAAUGCUGCCCCAUUGAAAGGAAAAACUUGCUCCUAACAUUAGUAAUAAAUAAACAUAACAUGUA